CAGUUUCUCUCCCCACCCAUCUCUUCCGUUCUCUUCGCAUGUCCUCUUCAUUCUGCAUUCUGCAGUCACUAUUCCUCCUCCCUCUGUCAUUCUGGUCCAAAGGGGUUGAGCCAGGAGUUUGGAGAGUUUCACAGUGACUGGAAGCCAAAGGCAGAGCAGGACCUCCAAAUCCGUGCAGUGGUAUCCAGAGACGGUAUCCAUAUCCAUCCAAAGGAUACACGAGAAACUCUUAUCACAGAAUCAGAGAGGAAACCGUUCUUCCAAUAAUUGUUUCUUUGGUCCAGGAGAUUAGUAAAGAAGACAGAUGACGGAUUUUAGGGCAGCUUUAAAGUCCCGCUCUGGCCCUAAACCAGGGUCUGAGAUUAAGACGAGCACACCGGCAAAAGUUGAUUUUAGAUCAUUGCUCAACAAGAAAGAAAGCGCUUCUCCCAAAGCGCCUGCUGCCACGCCACCCGCCCCCAGCGCACCUGCGGAUUUCAAGUCCGUCUUGAACAAGAAGCAAGCACCAGAACCGGAGAAGAAUGAGCAGAAUUUGUCGAAACCAGGAUCCUUACUUCAGAAGGACAAGCAGAGCGGCAUCAACGGCGUGAAUGGAGGUGCGAACGAUAAAAAGGCCGUUGUAACAGAGGAAAUAAAACGCAGCCCUGACAAAAAGGAGAUUGCUCCUGAGAAACCCAAGCCAGAGAUAAAGAAAAAUGAUGGAGAGAUUGAAAAGAUUGUCAACAAGACGGCUGUGAAUGGAGAAAAGAAGGAUGCCAGAAGUCCACCAAUGUUCUCACAGCCUCUUUGUGAUGUCAGUGUGGUGGAUGGAGAGAGGUUAAGAUUAGAGUGUCAGGUGACCUCUCAGGUGCCAGCUGUCAUUACCUGGAUGCUCGAUGGGAAAGUAGUGAAGCCAUCAAAGUUUAUUAUAAUAUCGCAGGAAGGUGACAAAUGCUCACUUACAAUCGACAAGGCUUUACCAGAGGAUGAAGGGCGGUACACGUGUAAAGCAGAGAAUACGGAUGGUAAAACAGAGUGUUCUUGUAUGGUUACUGUAGAUGAUCCUUCAGAUCCAUUGGCAGAUAAGAAGAACAGGAAGAGCUCUUCUGCUACUCCCACUACAGAAAAUGAAGCCAGGAUAAAGAAGAAACCAGCUCCCGCCAAACAGGGUUCUCCACCUCAGUUUCUCCACUUCCCUGGAGAUCAGAAGAUCAGAGCAGGAGAGAAGGUGGAGCUCUUAUGCAACUUCGGAGGGACGCCACCAAUAACCUGCACUUGGCUCAAGUUUAAAAAGCCGAUCCAGGCAGGAAGCGGAGGCAUUUCCAUAGAGACCACAGAGACCAGCAGUCAGCUUACAAUCACAGCGAGUGAUCAAGAUCACUGCGGCUGCUACACGCUGGAGCUGCAGAAUAAAUUUGGCACUAAGCAAUCCUCGCUUAACCUCACCGUCGUAGAUAAACCAGAUCCCCCAGCUGGCAUCCCUGCAGCCUCUGACAUCCGCACAUCUUCACUCACCCUAUCCUGGUAUGGUCCCACUUAUGAUGGAGGCAGCAUUGUCCAGUCAUACAACCUGGAGAUCUGGAAUUCCAUGGAAAACACAUGGAGUGAUCUCACCUCCUGCAACAGCACAUCCUACCACAUCCAGAACCUCCUCGCUGAUCGGCAAUAUAAGUUCCGGGUUCGAGCCGUUAACAUGUAUGGUGUUGGAGAACCGAGUGCAGAAUCUGAGCCUAUUACAGUAGGAGUGGAGGAAGUAACAGAGAAAAAGGAAGAGGAAGUUGAAGCCACUGUGUCUGAUGAUGAUGAGGAGAAAGAACCAGAAUACAGAGAUGUAGAAAUUAAGAAAGACUGUAGUGUCAAGGAUUUCUAUGAUAUCGAGGACCGCUUGGGAACGGGUAAAUUUGGUCAGGUCUUCAAACUAGUGGAAAAGUCCACCAAAAAGGUCUGGGCCGGGAAGUUCAUUAAGGCGUUCUCACAGAAGGAAAAGGAGAAUGUGAAGCAGGAGAUCGGUAUCAUGAACAGCCUCCAUCACCCCAAACUGGUGCAGUGUGUAGAUGCCUUCCAGGGAAAAUCUGAUAUGGUCAUGGUCCUGGAGAUGAUCUCAGGUGGCGAGCUGUUUGAGCGAAUCGUCGAUGAAGAUUUCGAACUGACCGAGAGAGAGGUCAUCAAGUACAUGUUGCAGAUCAUUGAUGGCGUCCAGUUCAUCCACAAGCAGGGCAUCGUCCACCUGGACCUCAAACCCGAAAACAUCAUGUGCAUCAACAAGACGGGGAGCAAGAUCAAGCUCAUCGACUUUGGUCUGGCUCGACGGCUCGAGGAUUCUGGUUCGCUGAAGGUUUUAUUUGGGACUCCUGAGUUUGUUGCUCCCGAGGUGAUCAAUUAUGAGGCUAUCAGCUACCCAACAGACAUGUGGAGCAUUGGGGUCAUCUGUUACAUUUUGGUCAGUGGUCUCUCUCCAUUCAUGGGAGAUAAUGACAAUGAAACGCUUGCCAAUGUAACCUCAGCCACUUGGGAUUUUGAGGACGAGGCGUUUGAUGAAAUUUCAGAUCAGGCCAAAGACUUUAUUAGUAGUCUCCUUAAAAAGAACAUGAGGGCCAGACUGACCUGUGCACAGUGUUUAGAGCACUCCUGGCUUAAACAAGACACCAAAAAUAUGGAGGCUAAACAGCUGUCCAAAGAGAGAAUGAAAAAGUACAUCCUGAGACGACGAUGGCAGAAAACUGGGAAUGCUGUGCGAGCUAUCUCCAGGUUCAGCUCUAUGGGAAUGUUAGGAGGGAUUGGCCCGAAGAAAACUUCUCCGACUGAUGAAGAGCCUCCGGCACCAUUAUUUGAAUGUUUGGAAGAUGAAAACCACACCCCUGUGGCUCCCAGCUUCUCCUCUGUCAUACUGGAUGUGGAGGUUGUGGAAGGCAGUGCCGCCCGCUUUGAUUGCAAGAUUGAGGGCUACCCAGACCCUGAGGUUGUGUGGUACAAGGAUGACCAACCCAUUAAAGAGACGCGUCACUUCCAGAUUGACUACGAAGAGGACGGCCACUGCAGCCUGGUGAUCUCAGAGGUUUGCCCUGACGAUGACGCCAAAUACACCUGCAAGGCCGUCAACAGCCUGGGAGAAGCCAGCUGUACCGCUGAACUGAUGGUGGAGUUUAUGCAGGAGGAGGAGGGCGAUGGUGAAGGUGAUGAGGACGAACAGGAGUGAAUGUCGGAGCGGGCUGCAAGGAAAGGGUGGUUCGAGAAGGAAUACCACGGGAACUAUGAAUCUCUUAUAAUAUUUACACACUUGUGCUGCUUUUUUGCUUACGGACACUGACUGUCAUUUUUUAGCAAAACUAUUUGAGUGAAAACCGUUUGCUAUAAGCAAAGACAUUCCAGCUUGUGCUUUUCUGUCCAGACCGUUACCCCAACCGAUUUCACGACAUGGUCCACAAACUACCUAUGACAUCACAUAGCCUACCUUUAUAACAACCCAAUGAUGUUGGGACAUUUGGACAAAAUUCCAUCGCAUUGAUCACAUUUUGUUAAUACUGUAUCAUCCAUGUCUGUAAAUGUUUGUCUGUCAGUAUACUUUUUUGUGCACAUUUCACAUUUUAUGUCUGUGCUGCAUUGUAAUCUAGAGGAAAAAUCACAAAGCACUUAAUGCUUUGUACACUAGUCUAGCAUGGUGUUUUGAUAACAAUAUGAAGACAAUUUAAAUAUACUGUUGGAGACAGAACUGUAUGCUGAUACUUUUUAUUGAUUUUUAAUAUCUAGAGAUUUUAUAUUUAAAUGAAAAUUAAUCCUUUCCUAUAUAUCUGAAUGUUAAAGGGAAAGUUCCCAAAAAUGAGACUUCUGUCAUUAACCCCUCAUGUUGUUCUAAACUUGUAUGAGUACUACUUUACCAUGCAAACAACCGCCUGGGUUCCUUCUAUUAUGUUUGUAUGAUGAUGCGAUCUAACUCCUAUCAGAUUGAAGUGACUUCCUUCUCAUGCUAAAAUGGUGUUGUUUGACGUUAGAUCCAGGUAGGCGUAUUUAGAGCGGGGUUUACAGAAGCGCUGCUGUGCUAUUGGCCUGACAGUCCAAAUGCGUCUUGAUUUUGGCCUCGCAGCUGAGGGUCGGAGGCUAUUGGCUUCAUUAGGCCCUUUGAAGCCCUGGCUCACACUGGCCUGAUAGUGCAAAAGCGGCUAAUGGGUGCCAUUAACUGUGUGGUUACCAUCAUUCUAGUGCUGGGCAAAGAUUAAUCGCGAUUAAUCGCAUACAAAAUAAAAUGAUUUUUUGCAUAAUAUAUGUGCAUGUACUGUGUCUAAUUAUUGUGUAUAUUUAGCCACACACACAUUCAUAUAUUCAUUUCAGAUUUGUUUUACUUAUAUAUAAUUUUUUUAAUUUAUUUUUUAUAUAGAAUAUAUAAAAAUAUAAAUAAAUAUAUAUAAACAUGUAAAUGUUUCUUAAAUACAUACAUGAAUACAUACACAGAGCACAUACUCAUAUAUUAUGCCAAAAAUCACUUUUAUUUUGUAUGCGAUUAAUCGCGAUUAAUCUUUGCCCAGCACUAAUUUUCUCUCUUGUGUUCAACAGAAGAUCAAAACUCAUGUAAUGAUGUAAAUGAUGACAGAAUUUUAAUUUUUGGGUGAACUAUCCCUGUAUUGACAUACAUAUUGCAGUUCAUUUAAAAUUAAAUUGAUCAGAAAUAGUACCUUUGAUUUUAUGCAUUCACAUUAAUGUUUAACUUGCAUACCUGGGUGAUUGUCUGUUGUGCCUAAACGUUUAAAGGAUAGGCAGUUCACUUUGCCUUUAUUUUAGUUAAACCACUUGCACGACAGAACAAAGAAGUGAAUUUUGUGAGUCUAUCUGCAAUAUAACCAUCUUUAUUACCCUGUACAGGCUUUAUGUACUUCAGAGUCUCUACGCUGUUCUCUGAAAAUGAAUUAGUUACAAUAUUGAGACUUAUCCUUUUUUCCUAACUAUUGAGUUUAACAUAUUAUCAAUUAAAUUUCCCCUCACCUCCCAAAUUUCUUAUAGAAGUAGUAUUUUAAAGAUUGUGGUCUUAAGUUGAAAACUAAAAUGUGUACAACUAACAGAAUCUGUGUUAUUUCAAUGUUAAUUUAGGCUUAUAUUACAGUAAAUAAUUGGUUAUGAUUAUCUCACUAAUGGUAAUAUAAAUAAAGGGUUUCUCCCUCUGUGUUACCGUAAAGA